AUGCUGUCCCGCCGGGGCUGCAAACCUGAGGUCCUCAUCCUGACCAUGGUGGGGAUUGGCGGCCUCCUCUUCCUCUUCGUGAUCAACGAGGGCGAGCACGUGAGGAAGGCUGCCACGAGAGUCAGCAGUACCAGCCCCCCCGCCCCAACGCCCAGCGUCCCCACAACCCCGCGUCACGUCCCUGAGUGCAAGGAGAACUCCGCGGUGGCCAACAUCUCCGGCUUCGCCGACCUGCCCGGCCACAUCCAGGACUUCCUGCGCUACAAGCACUGCAAGGAAUUCCCCCAGCUGCUGGACGCCCCCGACAAGUGCCGGGGGGCUGAGGGCUCACCGGGGGUCUUCCUCCUCCUGGCCAUCAAGUCGUCGCCCGGGAAUUACGAGCGGCGGGAGAUCAUCCGCAAGACCUGGGGGGAGGAGAGGACGUACCAAGGGGUCCACAUCCGCAGGCUCUUCCUCUCCGGGGAGGCGGGGGAUGUGCGGGAAGCCUGGAAGCUGAACCGGCUGCUGCGGCUGGAGGCGGCGGAGCAUGGGGACGUGCUGCAGUGGGCGUUCCUUGACAGCUUCUUCAACCUGACCCUCAAGCAGGUGCUGUUCCACAGCUGGCUGGAGGCCCGCUGCCCCGGCGCCCGCUUCCUCUUCAACGGGGACGACGACGUCUUCGCCAACACAGACAACGUGGUGCAGUACCUGCUGGGCAUGCAGGGCGCCAACGACGGCGACGGGCACCUCUACGUGGGGCAGCUCAUCGCCAACGUGGGCCCCAUCCGCGAGAAGUGGAGCAAGUACUACGUGCCCGAGCAGGUCACCGCCACCAACUCCUACCCGUCCUACUGCGCGGGCGGCGGGGUGCUCAUGUCCGGCUUCACCGCCCGCACCAUCUACAAGGAGUCGCUGGGCAUCGAGCUCUUCCCCAUAGACGACGUCUACCUGGGCAUGUGCCUGCAGAAAGCCGGGCUGGCCCCGGCCUCCCACAUGGGCAUCCGGACCGUGGGCGUCAGGGUGCCCUCCUCCAAGCUGGAGUCUUUUGAUCCCUGCUACUACAAGGAGUUGCUGCUGGUGCACCGCUUCGUGCCCUACGAGAUGCUGGUGAUGUGGCGGGCCAUUCACGAGCCGGACCUGCACUGCGGGAAGAAGCUGCAGGUCUAUCAGAGCAUCUGA